AAACCUUUUAAAUCCCUCUUCUACCGUAGGGAUUACAGGAUUUUAUCCCAAUUUUGUAUCCAUCAAGUUGUCUAGUAGUGCCUGUUAUUAUUAGGGUGUAUUCAUUAAAUCAAGACGGCCACCUGGCUUUUGAAGUUUGUUCUUGCUAUAUCUCCAAAAAUACUAAAUGGAUCUUUCUGAAAUUUUGUAAGUACAUACAGUACCUACCAUGGAGUGCUAUAUCUUUACCUCAUAUCAAGUACUUAAAACACAUCCAGGUGAGCGAUACAGACCAUCUUGGCCUCUCAUUUAAAAAUACUAGAUGGAUCUUUCCCAUAUAUAUAUGAUAUCAAAGUUUCCCUUGAUCCUUGUAGCUGUGUAAUUGUUUCAUUUUGCAACGGAUUGGAAAACAAGAUGGCUACCAACUCCACUGUUUACUUGGCUCUGUGUUAACACCGAUACAUACAUUUCGUUAUAGUAGUUCAGUGUCAACUAAAGAGUAAACUUGACAUCUUCCUACAUUUUCUAUUUCAGGUGAAAAAGUAACAGAGUGAAAAUGUCAAAACGAGCCAGCACAUCCUCGGCUGACAGUCCGAAGCAGCAGAUUAAAUACAAGCACUCUUGUAUGGUCAGACGUCUUAGCAAGCACUUUGAUCCAGCGCUUAAAAAUUGGGAUGAUCUCCUGGUGCUACUGUCAAAUUUCUUAGACCCUGUAGAUUUAUAUGGAAAAGACAACAAUUUCAUAAAGAUUUGUGAUAAACUGAUGGCUAAUGGAACCAUAAGUCUUGGAUCCUAUGAUAAGCUGUAUGAAGUGAUCAACUCAAUUGAUGUGAGACCAGCUGAGAUCAUACAAGAGACAUCUGUCGAAAUCAAAGAUAUCGAGUCAAAAGGACCAUCAGAAACCAAGCGACCCAGAACUGGAGAAGGAGACCAGACAAAAGAUAGGGAUCCUAAGCUAACUAUGAUAGGUGAGUUUACUGAACAGGGAUGGAUAAGAAGAUCGGACUUGAUGAAGGAGAGCUGCAGCAUACCGUGUAUAUCAACCAAACUAAUCUUCAGGGACAGCGACUAGUGAAAA